ACGUCACUUGCCCUUGUAGUCCGGACUGGGCGGGAGGGCGCCUCGUGGGGCCUCUUCCCUCCCGCCAUUGACAACUGCCCCAACGGCUCUUCCCGCCCCAGUCACAGUGACUAUGUAAAUCGCGGGUGUGGUUCCUAUAAGUGUGCGCUAGGGCUUUGGAGGGUGUCCUCCGUUAAAUCCCCCUGGGACUAUUGAACGCAAUCAUCUCUCAUUCCAGACUAGGUUAGCUCUUAAUGGUGGGAGGAAUCAUGAAUGCCCCGCCCCUUUCACCUGGAGGGGGCGGGCUGUGGGCCAUGACGCCAUCAGGGGGCGCCCGAGGAGACACCGGACGCAAGUCCGAGAUGAUGGAUUCGCUCUUGGGCCUUGGCGGCCUGAUGCUGCUUCGGGAUUCCGUGGAGUGGGAGGGGCGCAGUCUUUUGAAGGCGCUGAUCAAGAAAUCUGCUCUGAGUGGGGAGCAAGUCCACAUCCUGGGCUGUGAAGUGAGCGAAGAAGAGUUUCGUGAAGGUUUCGACUCCGAUAUCAACAACCGUCUGGUUUACCAUGACUUCUUCAGAGACCCUCUCAACUGGUCAAAAACUGGGGAGACCCUUCCUGGGGGACCCCUGGGAGCCUUGACGGCCAUGUGCAAGAGGACAGAUCCUGGUCCUGUCACCAUUGCUCUCGAUUCACUCAGCUGGCUGUUGCUUCACCUUCCCUGCACCACACUCUGCCAGACCCUGCAUGCCUUGAGCCAUCAGAACUCCUGCCCUAGUGACAGCUCCCCAGUGGGGCAGGUACGUGUGCUGGGCUUGCUACAUGAAGAGCUUCACGGCCCAGGCCCCGUGGGAGCACUGAGCAGCCUUGCUCAGACUGAGGUGGCCCUGGGUGGUACAAUGAGCCAGACCUCAGCCCACAUCCUCUGUCGGAGGCCUCGACAGCGCCCAACUCACCAGACUCAGUGGUUCUGCAUCCUUCCAGACUUCAGCCUAGAUCUCCAAGAGGGGCCCCCUGUGGACUCCCCGCCCCACCCAGAUCCUCAUACACUCCGGGUGGACCCCACGACUCAUUUGACCUUUAACCUUCAUCUGUCCAAGGAAGAGAGAGAAGCUAGAGAUAGCCUGACCCUGCCCUUCCAGUUCAGCUCUGAAAAACAGCAGGCUCUACUGCGCCCUGGGCCGGGCCAGGCUACCAGCCACAUCUUCUAUGAGCCAGACACUUAUGACGACCUAGACCAAGAAGACCCAGAUGAUGACCUAGAUAUUUGACUGGCCAGAUUUGACUAAAUUGAUUGGUGGGGGAGGGGGAAGACCUUGGGCCCAGAACCAUUCUUUUGCUGUUUAUGUUGGCCUUACACCCCCACCCCUACC